GAGCAUCAUGACCACACUGGUAUCUAACUUUCCCGUCUGAAGCUACGGCUGCUGCAGAAGCACCGAGGGGUGGGGGCAACAAAAAGCAAAACAGGAGCUCACUACUCCUUGUCGGUGCGUUCAUGUACCAUUUGUUGGGAAUGGUCGUGUCACAAAAUGUUUUGUUAUAGGUCUGUUUUUUUUAUUAUAGGGAUCAAGUGGAGCAGAGCUAUUUUUCUCAGUGGUAGUAAAAGUGGUGUAGUAGGCUAUGUUAAAAAAAACAUAAAGAGUAAAAAAAUAGGUAUCGUAAUCGUAUCGUAUUUCAGCGACUCGAGUGUCAGAAAAUGACUGCGUUUCAAAAUUGAUCAUCCUAAUCAAGGUGUGUUAACAAAGUUUCCGACUGUCCAUGAAGGCAGCAUUGAUCCUGCGGAGUUUCGGGGAAGCGCAUCUGAAGCGCGUUCACAUCUCCAUACACAUACACAAGCAGGCAUACAGCAACACACAGAGAGCAUCCCUGAACGGAGGGAGCGCUCGUUUUGGUUUGACAAUCUGGAAGAAUCACUGUAUUAUAUUUUGUCACGCUUGAUAACAGACUGUCUCUGACGCCGCAGAAUGAUCCCGGGCCCUGCAGAGCCUUCUGGAUUCUGAGGCCCGCACAGAAAUCCACCUUGCACCGGCAAAAGGGACCCUCACUGACCGCGUCGCCUCCAGCAGUAGUCAGCCUGAGACAAGAAUGUCAAGUAGCCCUGAAGAAAGUCGCUCCAGGGGCGGCGGCUCCGACUGUGACUUGAAAAUGGCCUCUUCGAGCAACACGUCCCCCGAGGGUGGACCUCCACCACCGCUGCACCAGAACCGAAUACGGCAGUCCGACAGUAACACCAGUUUCCUGCGAGCUGCCAGAGCGGGGAACAUUGACAAAGUCCUCGACUUCCUCAAAAAUGGAGUAGACAUCAGCACCUGUAAUCAGAAUGGUCUGAAUGCGCUACAUCUGGCAGCUAAGGAGGGACACAAGGAUUUAGUGGAGGAACUGCUGGAGAGAGGAGCACCUGUUGACUCUUCCACCAAGAAAGGAAACACUGCCCUUCAUAUUGCCUCAUUGGCUGGACAAAAAGAAGUGGUCAGACUACUGGUGAAGAGAGGAGCAGAUAUCAAUUCUCAGUCACAGAAUGGCUUCACUCCACUCUACAUGGCAGCCCAGGAGAGUCACUUGGAGGUGGUGCAAUACCUGUUGGAAAAUGAAGGGAACCAAAGCAUUGCAACAGAGGAUGGCUUCACUCCACUGGCCAUCGCCCUCCAGCAGGGCCACAACUCAGUGGUCUCCCUGCUGUUGGAGCACGACACCAAGGGUAAGGUCCGCCUCCCAGCCCUGCACAUCGCAGCCCGCAAAGACGACACAAAGUCUGCUGCACUGCUGCUCCAGAACGACCACAAUGCUGACGUCCAGUCUAAGAUGAUGGUCAAUAGAACCACGGAGAAUGGGAAGAGUGGGUUCACCCCUCUGCACAUCGCGGCUCACUAUGGUAACGUGAAUGUCUCCACCCUGUUGCUGAACAGAGGAGCUGCUGUGGACUUCACAGCCAGGAAUGGGAUAACGCCUCUCCAUGUGGCCUCCAAGAGAGGCAACACCAACAUGGUGGCCUUGCUGUUGGACCGAGGGGCUCAGAUAGAUGCUAAAACCAGGGAUGGGCUGACCCCCCUGCACUGUGCCGCCAGGAGUGGACAUGACCCAGCAGUGGAAAUUCUGCUGGAGAGAGGAGCUCCCAUUUUAGCCAGAACCAAGAACGGACUGUCCCCACUGCACAUGUCGGCCCAGGGAGACCACAUAGAGUGUGUUAAACUCCUGCUGCAGCACAAGGCGCCUGUUGAUGAUGUCACACUGGACUACCUCACAGCGCUGCACGUCGCAGCUCACUGUGGCCACUACAGAGUCACCAAGCUUCUGCUGGACAAGAAGGCCAAUCCCAAUAUUAGAGCACUGAACGGUUUCACUCCUCUCCAUAUCGCUUGUAAGAAGAACAGGGUGAAGGUGAUGGAACUGUUGGUCAAAUAUGGAGCCUCCAUUCAGGCCAUUACUGAGUCUGGGCUGACUCCCAUCCAUGUAUCUGCCUUCAUGGGCCACCUCAACAUUGUUUUACUUCUGCUACAGAAUGGAGCAUCUCCUGACGUCCGUAACAUUCGUGGUGAGACAGCACUUCACAUGGCAGCACGAGCAGGUCAGAUGGAAGUUGUUCGCUGUUUGCUGAGGAAUGGAGCGUUGGUGGAUGCUAUGGCCAGGGAGGACCAGACUCCCCUCCACAUUGCGUCCCGUUUGGGGAAAACUGAUAUUGUCCAGUUGCUGCUGCAACACAUGGCUCAUCCAGACGCUGCCACCACAAACGGCUACACUCCCCUCCAUAUUUCAGCCAGAGAGGGCCAGGUAGAGACUGCUGCCGUGCUGCUGGAGGCCGGAGCCUCACACUCACUGGCCACGAAGAAAGGAUUCACUCCAUUACAUGUAGCAGCUAAGCAUGGAAGCCUCGAUGUAGCAAACCUUCUCCUUCAACACAAAGCUCUCACUGAUGAUGCUGGCAAGAAUGGCCUAACUCCACUACAUGUGGCAGCUCAUUAUGACAACCGAGAUGUAGCUCUGCUGCUGCUGGAUAAAGGGGCAUCGCCUCAUGCUACUGCAAAGAAUGGCUACACUCCUCUCCACAUUGCAGCCAAAAAGAACCAGACGAACAUUGCAUUAGCGCUGCUGCAGUAUGGAGCAGAGACUAACAUUCUGACCAAGCAGGGAGUCAGCCCUCUACACUUGGCAGCCCAGGAAGGACACGCUGAGAUGGCCAACCUGCUGCUGGGCAAAGGAGCUCAUGUCAACGCAGUCACCAAGAGUGGACUGACUCCUCUGCACCUCACAGCCCAAGAAGACAGGGUCAAUGCAGCAGAAGUACUAGCCAAACAUGAUGCCAACUUGGAUCAGCAAACUAAGCUUGGAUAUACCCCUCUCAUAGUGGCCUGUCACUAUGGAAAUGCCAAGAUGGUGAACUUCCUGUUACAGCAGGGUGCCAGCGUCAACGCCAAAACCAAGAAUGGAUACACACCUCUUCACCAGGCAGCACAACAAGGGAACACACAUAUUAUCAAUGUGUUGCUACAACAUGGUGCCAAGCCUAAUGCUACUACAGUGAAUGGAAACACGGCUCUGUCUAUUGCCAGACGUCUGGGUUACAUCUCUGUAGUGGACACACUGAAAGUCGUCACUGAGGAGGUCAUCACUACCACAACGACUGUCACAGAGAAACACAAGCUCAAUGUCCCUGAGACCAUGACUGAGAUUCUUGAUGUGUCUGAUGAAGAAGGUGAGGACACCAUGACAGGUGAUGGAGGAGAGUAUCUGAGAGCGGAAGAUCUCAGAGAGCUGGGAGAUGACUCUCUGCCAGGACACUAUGGGGACCUCAGCUACAUAAGCCACAACCUAGACAGGCCGCAGCACACUCCCAUUCACCAAAGUUUUCAUCAGAGAGAGGGAGUUCUCAUCGAAGACAUGCUUACAAGCCACCAGGUAUCAGCACUGUCUAGAGAGCAUGAAAAGGACUCGUUCCGUCUGAGCUGGGGUGCUGAGCAUCUUGAUAAUGUGGUGCUGUCCUCCAGUCUGCUACACUCUGGCCAUUCCUCUCCGUGCCUAGACCAUGACAACAGCAGCUUCCUGGUCAGCUUCAUGGUAGAUGCCAGGGGUGGGGCCAUGCGUGGAUGCCGUCACAAUGGCCUGCGAAUCAUCGUACCACCAAGAAAGUGUUCUGCACCCACGCGGGUGACAUGCAGGCUGGUAAAGAGACACCGUCUGGCCUCUAUGCCUCCUAUGGUCGAGGGUGAGGGGCUGGCUGGUCGCAUCAUAGAAGUGGGACCCACUGGAGCCCAGUUCCUGGGUAAGCUCCACCUUCCCACAGCUCCGCCCCCUCUAAAUGAGGGUGAGAGCCUGGUCAGUCGCAUCCUGCAGCUGGGUCCUCCAGGAACCAAGUUCCUCGGGCCUGUGAUUGUGGAGAUCCCCCAUUUUGCAGCUUUGCGGGGCACAGAGAGAGAGCUAGUGAUAUUAAGGAGUGAAACAGGGGAGAGCUGGAGGGAACACCACUGUGACUUCACUGAAGAGGAAUUGAACCAGAUACUUAACGGCAUGGAUGAAAAACUUGAUUCCCCUGAGGAGCUUGAAAAGAAAAGAAUAUGCCGGAUCAUCACCCGAGACUUCCCACAGUAUUUUGCAGUGGUGUCACGGAUAAAGCAGGAUAGUCAUUCGAUUGGACCAGAGGGCGGGGUCCUCAGUAGCACUCUUGUGCCCCAGGUCCAGGCUGUCUUCCCUGAAGGAGCCCUCACCAAGAAGAUCAGAGUUGGGUUACAGGCUCAGCCCAUUGAUGUCGAGGUGGUGAGAAAGAUUCUUGGCAACAAAGCCACAUUCAGCUCAAUUGUCACAUUGGAGCCAAGAAGGAGGAAGUUUCACAAACCAAUCACCAUGACAAUCCCCAUUCCCAAGAGCUCGAAUAGUGACGGGCCAAGCGGAGAUUUUGUUGGGGAGACCCCCACCUUACGUUUGCUUUGCAGCAUUACUGGUGGAACCACUCCUGCCCAGUGGGAGGACAUCACCGGCUCCACACCCCUCACCUUUGUUAACCAAUGUGUUUCCUUCACCACAAAUGUGUCAGCAAGGUUCUGGCUGAUAGACUGCAGACAGAUCCAGGAGUCUGUUAGUUUUGCCUCUCAGCUGUACAGAGAGAUCAUCUGUGUUCCAUACAUGGCCAAGUUUGUCAUUUUUGCUAAGACACUGGACCCCAUUGAGGCCCGCCUGCGUUGUUUCUGCAUGACAGACGACAAGAUGGACAAGACCCUAGAGCAGCAAGAGAACUUCACUGAAGUUGCCCGUAGCCGAGAUGUUGAGGUGCUGGAGGGAAAACCUAUAUUUGCUGACUGCUUUGGAAACCUGGUGCCUCUUACCAAGAGUGGACAACACCAUGUGUUCAGCUUCUUUGCUUUCAAAGAGAACAGACUGGCCCUCUUCAUCAAAAUUAGAGACACAGCACAGGAGCCAUGUGGUCGCUUGUCCUUCACCAAGGAACCGCGCACAUACCGUAGUCUUACCCACAAUGCUAUCUGCAACCUUAACAUCACUCUCCCAACAUAUUCAAAGGAGUCUGAUUCAGACCAAGAUGCAGAUGAUGAGAGUGAGAAGAGUGACAAGAAAUAUGAUGAAUCUGAAUCAACUGAGACAUUCUCCCUGAGAGCUAACCAACCUCUUGACCCUGCAACUCUUGCAAGCCCGGACCUUCUUUCAGAUAUGUCGGACAUCAAAAUGUCUGCUAUUUUGACUCCAGAGCAAAUGGAGCACUUAAUAUAUGAAGAGAGAGCUGGAGCUAGAGGGUUGGAGGAAAAAGAGCCUUUGGCCAUUGUGGUACAGUUCAAAGACAGGCUGGGAAAGGUUGGAGAGAUUCAAAGAGAUGGCAUAAACAAUAGUAGACAGGAAGUACAACGAGAUGAAAAAGAGAGAUGGGGAUCACUCUAUGAGACUAAGACCUUUGAAAUGAAGUAUGCCCCUGUCGAAGAACCAGUCUUACAGGAGAUUUGCAUUGAGAGGAAGACUUCAAGUAGAUUUGCCACAGAGGUCAGAGACAUGACAGGCAUGGUCUCACACCUCAGCAUGGACAUGGACCAAUACCUGGAACAGAGACCUGUAAUGAUAUGUGGUUCUCAGGAAGAUCUUGUCCAAGACAGAUUUGAACAGGUUAUUGUAAAGCGUGACGGCAAACGGCGUCCCCCAGAUAUCAAGAAACCUAUUAGGAAGAAACUUAGAGAUAGAGAGCGAUCUGGAUGUAGCAGCUCUGAGGGUGAGCUGGAAAGGAUGAGCUCUGAGGAGUCUUUAGAUGGUGAUGCUGUUCUUAAGGAGAGUGCCCUUGUACCCACCACAGUUAUGGAUCCUCCAGCUUCUCCUUUAGUGAUUGAGACACCUAUAGGAUCUAUAAAGGACAGAGUUAAAGCUUUACAGAACAAAGUCAAAGAGGAGGAGGUGCAAAAAAAUACUCAGGAACUAAUUCUUCAGGCAAAAGCUUCUAUUGUCACAAAGAAGACUGAGGCAGACAUGCCAGCAUUUCCCAGAGUUCCCAAGUCCCCUAUAUCCCCCAGAUCUGAGACAGAAAGAUUAGAGGAGAUUAUGUCUGUUAAGGAUCUGAUGAAAGCAUUCCAGACCGGAAAGGACCCUUCAAAAAAUAAAGCUGGGCUUUUUGAGCACAAAGCAGUGGCUUCUUCUGGUAUUUCAACAUUGAUAUCUGAAUCAACAGAUUCUGAUGAGAUACAGAGAACAGAACAAAGUCCUACACAGGAGUCAAAAUCACAAAUCCAAACUGUAAGCCUCACAAUUUUCCAUCAACAGAAUGAUGUCAAGAAAUGUGACAAAACAGGCUUAGAGGAACGACCAGUAAGCUUAAUCAGAGAUAACUCUGAGGAAUCACAGUUAAUUUCAGAUGGUGCUUAUAUUGGAAAGAUAGUCAAAUUUGCUGAUGCAAUUCGAUGUGACGAUGGAAGUGUUAGCCCACAGAGAGUGGCAGCAGAGUUGUCAGAGAAGGAAACUAUGUCUGUGAAGGAGUUGAUGAAAACAUUCCAGACUGGGCAUGAUCCCUCAAAAACUAAAGCAGGGCUUUUUGAAGAGAAAGUUGUGGAUUCUUGCAUUUCAACAUUGAUAUAUGAAUCAGGAAAUUCUGAAGAGAUACAGACGACUGAACGUAAUCCUACACAGGAGCCAAAAUCACAAACCCAAACUCAGAACAUCACAAUUUUCCAUCAACAGAGUGAUGUCAAGAAAUGUGACAAAACAGACUUAGAAGAUCAACCAAUAAGCUUAAUCAGAGGUAGCUAUGAGGAAUCACUAUUCAUUUCAGAUGGUGCUUAUGUUGGAAAGACAGUAACAUUUGCUGAUACAGUUCAAUGUGAUGAUGGACGUCUUAGCCCACAGAGAGAGUCACCAGAGUUGUCAGAGAAGGAAACUAUGUCUGUGAAAGAACUGAUGAAAACAUUUCAGACCGGGCAUGAUCCUUCAAAAACUAAAGCAGGGCUUUUUCAACACAAAGUUGUGGAUACUUGCAUUUCAACAUCGAUAUCUGAAUCAGGAGAUUCUGAAGAGAUACAGAGGACAGAACAAAGUCCUACACAGGAGCCAAAAUCACAAACCCAAACUCAGAACAUCACAAUUUUCCACCAACAGAUUGAUGUCAAGAAAUGUGACAAAACAGGCUUAGAGGAACGACCAGUAAGCUUAAUCAGAGAUAACUCUGAGGAAUCACUAUUCAUUUUAGAUAGUGCUUAUGUUGGAAAGACAGUCAAAUUUGCUGAUGCAGUUCGAUGUGACGAUGGAAGUGUUAGCCCACAGAGAGUGGCAGCAGAGUUGUCAGAGAAGGAAACUAUGUCUGUGAAGGAGCUGAUGAAAACAUUCCAGACUGGGCAUGAUCCCUCAAAAACUAAAGCAGGGCUUUUUGAAGAGAAAGUUAUGGAUUCUUGCAUUUCAACAUUGAUAUAUGAAUCAGGAAAUUCUGAAGAGAUACAGACGACUGAACGUAAUCCUACACAGGAGCCAAAAUCACAAACCCAAACUCAGAACAUCACAAUUUUCCACCAACAGAGUGAUGUCAAGAAAUGUGACAAAACAGACUUAGAAGAUCAACCAAUAAGCUUAAUCAGAGGUAGCUAUGAGGAAUCACUAUUCAUUUCAGAUGGUGCUUAUGUUGGAAAGACAGUAAAAUUUGCUGAUACAACUCACUGUGAUGAUGAAAGCAUUAGCCUAGAGAAAGAGGAGUCAGAGUUGUCAGAGAAAGAGACUAUGUCUGUUAAGGAGCUGAUGAAAGCAUUCCAGACUGGACAGGAACCUUCAACAAAUAAAGCUGGGAUUUUUGAGCACAAAGCAAUGGCUUCUUCUUGUAUUUCAACACUGAUAUCUGAAUCAGCAGAUUCUGAUGAGAUACAGAGGACAGAACAAAGUCCUACGCAGGAGCCAAAAUCACAAACCCAAAUUCUAAGCCUCACAAUUUUCCAUCAACAGAGUGAUGUCAAGAAAUGUGACAAAACAGGCUUAGAAGAUCAACCUGUAAGCUUAAUUAAAGAUAACUCUGAGGAAUCACAGUUAAUUUCAGAUGGUGCUUAUAUUGGAAAGACAGUCAAAUUUGCUGAUGCAAUUCGAUGUGACGAUGGAAGUGUUAGCCCACAGAGAGUGGCAGCAGAGUUGUCAGAGAAGGAAACUAUGUCUGUGAAGGAGCUGAUGAAAACAUUCCAGACUGGGCAUGAUCCCUCAAAAACUAAAGCAGGGCUUUUUGAAGAGAAAGUUGUGGAUUCUUGCAUUUCAACAUUGAUAUAUGAAUCAGGAAAUUCUGAAGAGACACAGAUGACUGAACGGUGUCCUACACAGGAGCCAAAAUCGCAAACCCAAACUCAGAACAUCACAAUUUUCCACCAACAGAGUGAUGUCAAGAAAUGUGACAAAACAGACUUAGAAGAUCAACCAAUAAGCUUAAUCAGAGGUAGCUAUGAGGAAUCACUAUUCAUUUCAGAUGGUGCUUUUGUUGGAAAGACAGUCAAAUUUGCUGAUACAACUCACUGUGACGAUGGAAGCGUUAGCCUAGAGAAAGAGGAGUCAGAGUUGUCAGAGAAAGAGACUAUGUCUGUUAAGGAGCUGAUGAAAGCAUUCCAGACUGGACAGGAACCUUCAACAAAUAAAGCUGGGCUGUUUGAACACGGAGCCAUUGCUUCGUCUUGUAUUUCAACACUGAUAUGUGAAUCAGUAGGUCCUGAAGAGAUACAGAGGACUGAACAAAGUCCCAUGCAGGAGCCACAAUCACACACCCACAUUGGAACAUUGAAUUUAGAGGCACAAACAGUAAACUUAAGGAGAGAUAACGCUGAGGAAUCACAGCUAAUUUCAGAUCCUGCUUAUUUGGGAGAGACAGUAAAAAUUUCUGAUACAAUUCAAUUUGAUGAUGGACGGGAGCCAGAGUUGUCGGGGAAGAGUCUAGGCAGCAUGCAGUUAGAAGAACCAGUCAUAAGCAUUGGUAGGGGUUUAUCUGAAGACACGCAGAUCAGCCCUGAUCGCAGACCUUCUGAGGACUUCAGUGCUGACAUAAAGGCUGAACUGGAAGAAAGUCCUGAGUACCAGCUUUUCAAGCAGACAUCAACAGCUGCAGAUGGGAGCUAUCAGCUGGAUACACCUGAGGAGGAGACCUUGGCAGAUGAUUCUGUUUCAGAUCCAGUAUCCAUCUCCAGUCCCUGUAUGAAAAGUUCUUUUGGGGACGGUGUUUCUCUUAUUGAGAAUCAAAUGACAGAUGAUGAACUAAGUCCUCAGAGUCCCAAGCAUGAAGGUAUGGCCGAAUCCUCAAACACUAGUAUUGAUAUUAGGACCCCUCAUUCCAGCUCAGGUGAGAGCAAGAAUUAUGAAGGACUUGCAUUGACCAAUCAGAUGACCAAUGAAAUGCUUGCUUACUCUACUACAAGUGAAGGAAAGUGCAUCAUACCUUCACAGGAAGAGAAACUUCAUGAAGCAAGCAAAGAAAAUACAACAAUUGAUCAUGGCAGCAAAAUAUUGUUUACACAAACUGACACUGAAGUAACAGAGGUCAAAACUGAGGAGCCACAACUUCAAGAAGUCUACAUUGAGAGGAAAACAUCUAGCCAGGCAUCCACUGCAAUAAAAGAUAUGUCAGGGAUGUUGUCCUUAAUGAACAGUGACUUAGAUCAGUAUCUACAAGCUGGGCCUGUGGCAAGUCGGCCACCAGAAGAGGAUAUUGUUCAGGAGAAAUUUGAACGAAUUAUUGUAACAAAGGACAAAGAUAAUAAAAUUCUCACAUUUGUCACUGAUGAAAAUAAAGGAGCAAUAGUGGGUGGCACAGCACAAGAAAUAGAUCAUGCACCAGUGGAAGAACAUUCAAUUACAUGGGGAGGGGAAGAAGUGGACACUGAAUUUAAAGAAGUCAAAGAUACACCAGGGAUGUUGUCAGUCAUGAACAAAGACUUGGAUCAGUAUCUAGAGGUUAUGCCUGUGGCUAGUCGACCAAUAGAAGAGGAUAUUGUGCAGGAGAAAUUAGAAAUUUCCACAUUUUUCAAUGAAAAUAAAGGAGUGAUAGUGGAUUGCACAACACAAGAAAUAGAUUGUGUUAGAGUGAAACAUGAGGUCACAAGGAGAGGUGAAGAAAUGGUGAGGGAAUUUAAAGAAACCCAAGCAACCUUAACUGAAGAACUCCCAAUGAAGGAAGACUGGGUAGUGAAAAAGACUUCAUAUCAGCCAUCUACAAAAGUAAAGGAGAUGUCAGGCAUGCUAUCAUUGCUUAACAGUGACUUGGACAAGUACCUCAAGGACAGGCCAGUGAAAUGUAGGCCUCUAGAAGAGGACAUUAUCCAGGAGAAAUUUGAAAAAGUUAUUUGCAUCAAAAUCCAAAAAUCCUCUAGUGAGGAUCAAACAAUACCAAAAUGUGAAAAAACACAAAUAGGAGCUAGUACUGAUGUGGAGGAAAAUGAACACACACAGACCAAUGUAGUUGGAGUCACAGAAUUAUCACCAAGUUCUGUAUUGGAGCCACCAUUUCAAGAAGUUUGCAUCGAGAGAAAGACACAGCAACAACAGUCUACAACUGAGAGGGAUAUGUCAGGCAUGUUGUCACUGCCCUAUAGUGACUUAGAUCAACAUUUAAAGGAAAGGCCAGUGGUGAUACAAUGCCACCCAGAAGAGGAGGUAGUCUGUGAGACCUACAAAGAAGUUAUUCUGACAAAAGACACUAAAAGAGAGACUCUUACAUUCUCCCCUGAACAUAAGAUGAUGUCACCAGAGGAUACAAAUUUCGACCUUUUGGACAUAAAUAAAAAGAGAGCUUUGGAAAGUGGAUGGCAGAUGUGUUCCGAUGAAGGUCUCAAGGGUUUCUCAUCUAAGGAGGGUGAGGCUAAAACCUCACCAAGUGCAGCGUCACAUUUCAAUGACUCUACUGAAGGGACAGUGGACAUUACAAAGUCAUAUGUGACAAUGGAUGACUGUAAGAAUGAUCAUAAGGAUGUCAAUGUAGUUGCUGCUAAUUCAAUUCUCAAAACACCUGGUUUUUUGCAACUAACAAAUAGUUCUAACACACUACAACAACUGGCUGAUUUGGAGAACCUAAACUCUGUGGUUUUUGAUGACCCAGCUAAAGAGCUAUGUCAUCGAGACUCUCUAGAGGCAAGUCCUCUCAUGGAGGACAGAUCUUCAAAGACAUCCCCUGAUUCAAUUGAGCCAAGCCCUACCAGAGAAUCCCCUUGUCCAGAUUCUCUUGAGGGAAGCCCCACUCAAUCAAAUGACACAGAACUUAAGAUGCCAGCCAAGACAGCUGUGUAUGAAGAUUAUGCCUCCCAGCUAGAAGCAUGUUUUGCUUAUGACAAAAAUAUAUAUAGGGAUGAAAGUGAGCAUGAUGAGCAAGAAAACAACUAUGAGAUCAUCCAAAUGGAAAGUGAAAUUAAGGAAGACAAAUAUUCCUACUCAGCAAGGGAAGUAACUGAUGGUGACAUGUGCUCUGAUCCCAAAAUAUGUGACAAUGAGAAUCUUCACAUGCUCAUAAGUCAAGACUCUCUCGACACAGAUGAUAGUGAAGAUGACACCACCAAUAAACAAUUCACACCAGAAGAGGAGAUGUUUAAAAUGGCUGCAAAGAUCAAAACAUUUGAAGAGAUGGAACAGGAGGCUAAAACGAAGAGAGACAAAUCUUUAGAUGUCCCUGCACUGUCAGAGACAUGUGAUCACAAAGAUGAUGAGCUAGAUCUAACAUGUAGCCCAGUUAUACAGUUUUCCUCACAAGAUACACUACAGAAGAAUUCUGAAAAAUGUGUGACAGAAAGCACUCACACACUUAGUAUGGCAACAGAUAUUAGUUCGAGCAUUAAGGAGAAGGUAAAAAUUCAGUCACAAUUAAAAACUACUGAAUCAGUUGAUGGUUCAUUUUGUUUAACUGCAACUCACAGAGAGCAACCUGAUCCAGAGAGUGAGGAGUCUAUGCCACUCUUAGCAGAAAGAAAAGCCGAAAUACACAAAGAUAAAGAUGCUGUAGAAGGUGACCGUUCCUCAGUCACUGACACACAUUUUUCCAGCUGUGUGACGGAUGAGCACCAUCCAGAUGAUGACAAAAAAGUUGAGUCACCACUGACAGAUGAUUCAGGUUCUGUUAGCAAACCUCAGGCUAUGGUGUGUACUAAAGAACUAGAAUAUGUUAUUCCAGGGUGUGAGAGUGAGAAUGAUGUAGCCUUCAAUGCACAGGUUGAGGCUGAGCAACAGAUUAAUCUUUGUCCUGCAGAGGACAGAAAAACACCUGUUCGAACAUCAGAUAAUGAGAGAACACCUGAUCCAUUUCAGUUUCAAGAGGGGAAGCUAUUUGAAAUGACCAGAGGGGGAGCUAUUGAUAUGACAAGAAGCUUUGAUGAAGAAGCAGAAGGAUAUGCAUUUUUUCACAUAGGGGAACAUCCAGUUGAUGAAGUGCCAGAGGAUACUGGGGAAGGUCAAGCAAAGUCUUUAACUUUAGAAACUAGUGAUUCUAUUACAGAUACAACCCUUCAAGAGAUCCCAAAAUCAUCUCUGACUCAGGGUGCCAAUAACGAAAUUCCUACUCCACAACCCAGAACUCUCAUCAAACCCUCAAGUGACAAGUCAGAGAGUGAGAAGCCACUUUCUGAAGCUGAUCUUGGCAGCUCCAUAGGGGUUCAGCUUGGUUCCCCCAGUGCUUUGGAGAGACUAACCAUAAUUCAAAGUGAGGUUGGAAGCCUUGAAAUCCUUGGUCUAGACUAUCUAGACUCUACCAUAGCUGACCUUCAAUCAGACACAUCCACUGUUGCCCAUUCGGUGUACUCAGAGCAGAGCCAUGAUUCCUCAGACUCCUCUCCUGAUGAUGAUGAUGAGGUGGAGGAGAAGGAGGAGGAAGAUGAAGAAGACCAGUGCUCAGUCAUAGAGAUGUCCUUUUCAGCUGCACAGGCUGGCAUCCCAGCAUAUCAUCAAGAUUCACCCCCACUUUUGUCAAUCAAACCAGGCAGCACAAUUAAAGAGGAAAUAACCAUGAAAGACUCACAGAUAUCUGAGCUUGAUCAGGUUCAAAGAAAAGCAGAAAAAAGCUCAACUUUGGAUCGUAGGACUAGAUCUGAGGCCGAUAGUGACAAAAGAAAAGCCUCUAAUAAAGAUAGCAGGAGUUAUUCUGACAGUAGUCAGCCCACUAAAAAAUCCAACCUUUCCCCCUCCAAGUUUCCUGUCAUGACGCAGAAACCUGAACAGAAACCUCUAGCUCAGACGAUCUCCUCCUCUUCUCCCAAAAGGAAAGUAAUCCAACUGUCUAAGACUACAGAAACAUAUGUUAGGUCUUCUUUGGAUACUGAUGAUAUAAGCAGCGCUAGUCACAGGAGUCCAGAUUCUGUUAUCUUCACAUAUGACAUGCCAGCCUCACACAGUUCGGAUUCUGAUGGCAAUCUGCUGCCGGGUGUGCAACCGUCUUCUGGGACAGAGGAUGUAUUUGAAUCCAGGCCUGCCUUGAAUGACACGGUGGAAACUCAGAUGCAGAGAAUCAUCGAUGACCAAACUCCAGAAUGUAUGCCAGUGGAUUGGCAGGAUGAUGCUGACAGGAAAGAGGAGACAUUAGCUAUCAUUGCAGAUCUUCUUGGCUUCAGCUGGACUGAGCUCGCAAGAGAACUGGAAUUCAGUGAGGAUGAUAUCCAAUUAGUGAGAACAGAGAAUCCUAAUUCCCUCCAAGAGCAGAGCCAUGCCUUGCUGCAGCGCUGGGUUGAGCGGGAAGGCAAACAUGCCACAGAGGACUGUCUGAUUAAGAGACUAACCAAGAUCAACCGCAUGGACAUCGUCCAUCUUAUUGAAACCCAGAUGAACAAGUCAGUCCAAGAGCAAACAUCUAGAACUUAUGCAGAGAUAGAGAAGACACUGGAUCAUAGUGAAGUGUCAGUAGCCCUAUCUUCAGUGCAAGAGGAUGCAGACAGCCCCAGAAUUGUGAGAAGGGUGGAGUCAGACCGCAGACCACCCCCUGCCGUUUCUGAAGAGGACCUCUCAGUUGCUUCCCUACUGGAUAUUCCUUCCUGGGCAGAGCCUGUUGGACAUAUCCACUCAGAGAGCAUGCAUGGUGACCUGUUGGAGGAGCUUGAGAUCCCACAUGAAUUGAAUCCUAACCUGUGGACUUCCGAGGAUGUAAUUACACAAGAACCUACAAGUUACGACAACUCGGAUGAGCAAGUAUCAACAACAUCUUCCAAGACAAAUCUUUCAGAAUCUUCAAAACAAAAAAAUGUUCAUUUAGAAUGGAGUCAGGUCUUUCCAACUAAGAUGCCAUCCCUGGCACAUGAUUCAAACAUACUUUCCACUAAAAGUAUCUUUGACCUAAGUAAAACACAAUCUGAAAUCACAUUGACCAAUAAAAGUAGCUCACCACAGGAAAAAGAUGAAAAACUCAUCUCAUCAUCGUCAUUCCCCAAACAAAGUGAAAAUUAUGGCUUAGCUGAACCAAGCUCAGUGAUCCCAGACUCCCUCUGUCAAACAGCUCAAGACAGUCCAGAUGACCAAACCAUCAUGUCCUCAGAGUCCACUCCAACACCACCAGGGUCUGGGUCUCCUCAGCUUGACCAGCUGCUGUCAGAUCUGGAGGAAAUGAAACUUAAGUUUAGACCAGAGACACUUUACCCACCUCUGUCAGAAUCUAGUGAUGAAAGCCCUGAAGAUGAUCAAAUGUAUGAGUUUGAAGACCUUUCACCUGAAGAUCGAUGCCCUACAGAAGAUAGUGAUACCCUAAGAGUCAGCACGUCAUCUGAUGUACAGCUUGCGGAAGUUUCUAACCACACAAAUGUAGCAAUCACAGAACCUGCACAUUUCCAGACAUCCAUUCAAGAUAAACCUAUAGUAGUCUCAGUCACUCCUGAUUUAACAAAAACCUCUGAGACAAGUGUACCAUCAAGCCUUGGUAGUUGUAAAGAUAGGUCUGUAUCCCCUACUGAGUCCCUUCCAAUUCCAGAAUCUCCCCAAAGAUUUUGUGAAGUUCUAGAAUCAUCACUGAAGUCAAGUUUUCCUUUGGACUUAUUCCACUCCAGCAAAUAUGAUGAAAAUGCUACUGAGACAUUUUCUUCAGUGUCUUUCCCCAAAGAAGCUGCAAAGAGUCAAUCUGACAAACCUGAGGAACAUCUCGCUAAUCUUUGUAAGGAAGAUUCAAGUCAAGAAGAACUUGAAUCAGCUAUAUCAUCUAAUGACUCAAUGGGUGUAACAGAAGAAAUAUCAACACAGAAUAUCCAAGAUCAACUUCCAUAUUUAUGGAAGGCAACUUCUGUUGAAGCCACUCAGAGUGAAGAUUUCUCUUCUCAGUCUCUUUCUGAUUCGACUCCGGAGACAGUUACAUCUGCAAGACAAUUUAGCUUUGAGGAACUGAUGGUGUACCCCUCUCCAUGGAACUUGACGAUAUCCUCAGAUGAGGAUAGGCCAAGGACCAGUAGACAGCAUUCAGAAGAAUCUCUGACUCCAGUAGACUCUGAGUGUUUUGCCUCUCAGCUCACUUCAGUUACACCCAAAGCAGAGAUGACUUCAUCAACCUCUGAUGAGGAGUACAGCAUCCCACCUGGGUAUGCAGAUAUCUCUUCUACCACAACCAUCUAUACCCACAUGCCUCCAGAAUAUGCAAAAAUUGUGCAUAGUGGUGCAGACAGCCCAACAUUUGAAUACUCUGAUGCAGAGCCUUACUUUGACUGCAAACAGGCUGCGUCAGAUUUCUCAGAGACUGAGCCUGAUGAAACUGAGACAAGCACCAGGUUAAAUGGAGAUCAGCCCCAGGAUCAUCCUAGCUAUCCUAGAGUGCUAGAAAAGGUGAAUCGACAAGCCCUGUUGUCCUCUGGAAGUGAAGAUUAUGAAGAUGCUCCUUUUGUCCAUGAGUCUCUUCAUAAUGUACAGGAAGAGGCUAAAGAAUUAUUACACUAUUCAGAAGCAUCGGAUGAAGAAUUUACCCUGUGUGAGGCUUCACAACCGCCUCGUGUCUGUGAAAUUGGGGCAUAUGAUGAUACUGAUAAUUAUCUGACAAGGGAGAUCACCGCAGAGCUCGGAUCAAUGUCUGAAAGUUCAGAUGAUGAAUUUUUGACCACCAGAAUAGUGCGAAGGAGAGUUAUCAUUCAGGCUGAUGAAAUGCCUGACCUCCCCACUCAGUCAGUGAUGGAGGAAAAGUACAAGGAUGAAAAUGGACACAUUGUUGUCAAAAGGGUCACCCGUAAAAUUAUUCGCAAGUGUGUUUCCGCGGAUGGUGUGGAGCGUGAAGAGGUGUCAUUAGAAGGAGCGCCCCAGGGGUCCAUCAGUAUGGCAGAGGGAGAUAGAUACUCUAAGGUGGUGAAGCGGACUGUACUGAAGAGUGAGGGAGACCACGCAGAGGUAACAUUUGCUGAAUGUGAGGGUUUCUCAGCAUCAAAGCAGGAAGGUUGUAAGGUCAGUCGUGUAGAAAGGACAACGGUAGUGGAGGGUGAAAGGACAAUGACACACCAGGGUGAUCCGUCUUUGUCCUCUGACCUCCCCUCAGCCCAAGACGACUUCAAACAGGCACUAGGUUAUAUAAGUGGUUUUAGCAGAACAGAGCUCCCUCAUGUGGUAGAGAGAGAGACUGAAAAAGAAGAUGGAACUGUGGUCAGGAGGGCCCACAUGCGUAAAGGUCGCACCCUCAGACGAACAGUGGUGAAGGGAGCUGGGCAGCGCAAACAGGUCCUUCUAGAGAAAGUGGACAACCCCAGAAAAGGGUCAAAACCAGGUGAUCUCCAGCAGCAUCUCCACCAGCUCUUUCACCGCUACUACGAAGAAGAAAAGGAGGACAACGAUGAGGAAGAGUAGAAGAAUGUGUAACACUCUCCCCCUCCCUGGCUCUGCCCAUACUAAAGUCCCCUUCUAAUCCUAUGCAUUAGCCACAUGCAAUCCCAGUGUGCACCACGGCACCUCAAAGCUACCACAGUCUUCCCAUUUAAGUCCUGGAAGAUUAAUUUUUGUUCACAAUUUUGAGUUUUCUUUCCUUUCUUGUAGAAUGUAUUCAUGAUUUUCUUUUCAUGUUCGGAUGUUGUUUUGCCUUUUUGUGACCAAAGAAAGCCUUCUGUUGUUUUCCUGAUUAAUUUUACUUUCUAUGUCAGAAUUGUCUUUAAUAUUUUUGUCUUGAUGCUGUGGUAGAAGAACAAAAAAAACAAACAAAGAAAAUAGAGGGAUACUAUUCACAUCAACUAACUCACAAACCUCCUGAAGGCAAAGAACACUUUACCUGCAAAAUACUUGUACUGCUCUCUGAGUAGGUGCUUGAACUGAAAGACAAUAUCUCACACUGCACUGCCUCUCACUACCAGAGUUUCUCAGAUAUUCCUUAUUUAAAAACGGUCUCUCUCACUGUACUAGAAUCUCUGCUCUUUUGAUUCAGGUGGUCAAGAUGUCACACAGAGAAAACCAGACUGUAUUGACACUGAAUUUAACUGCUGCUGCUGUGUUUUGUGUAGGCUAUGUGUAAUCUGUCUUUGGGAAUUAUAUAUUAUCUAUAAUCUAGACAUUACUGGCAUCAGUAGCCUAGGAAUUAAUAAUCACUCAUGUGAAGUAGAGCAGGCAUGACUAAUCAACAUCUGUCAUUAUGAUCCUAGCUUUGACUGCUUUGUAGUUCUAUGGAUUGCCCUUCUGCCUCUCUUUCCUGUGUAUGUCUUUCUUUCUGUGUUACUAUAUGUAAUUCUAUUUUUUUUUCUUUUUCUCUUUGAUGGUUGAUCUUGGCUCAUGCUGUGUGAAUGGUGAAUGUGUGAGUGAGGUUGUACUGUAGGUACUGUAUGUUUGAGUGUGUCUAUGCAUGUGUUGAGUUAAAUACUGCAUUGUCAGCUUGUAUGAAGAGGGUAUUAUUUUAGGCUGAUUUUAAUAAUUUGAAUUUCUGUUGUUUAAAGAUGUCUUAUUUUAGAGGUUUUUUAAUUUUGAGUUUAGUUUACUAGUUAGUAUAGAGAAUGUUUAAUCUUUGUGUGAAUGUGAGUGAGAAGCUUCUUUUUAUUAGGAAGUACCUCAGAAUUUGCCACUGGUGAAUAAGAUCAUCACAGCUGUUUUAGAGACACUUAUCUGAUAUGACAUGUAUGGUAUUUAAUGUUAGACUUUAUUAGUUUAUUUUUUUAACAAGAAAUUGUUGGACCAGGUGUUUGCAGUUGUGUGGUGUGUGUUUGUGUGUGAAUGAGUCUGUGAGUGUAGUAAGAGUGUGUGCCAGUUUCUGUCAGCAAAGAAAAGAAACAUUUAUUUUACACAAACCGCAUUUGCACUCCUGAAUGUCAGGAGGGAACACCUCCAUGCUUUUUGUGCACAGGAUAUGAGGUACAGUAUAUCUUAGUCACAGAGAGAAUCGCAUUUUGACUGGACAGAUGAUAAAUACAAGACAACAUUACACCAGGCACACGCGUAAUGAGGCAGGUUGAGAGCUUAAAUAUGCCAUUAUUCACAGCUCUGAGCAUCGCUACUCUAUGUAUCUACAACAUGUAAUGUAUUUAUUUCACUAUCACUGUUUACUUUGUGAUUUAGAAAAAUGUAAAAUGCAAACUAGUGAAAGUUCACUGUGACAGGUAUGCUUUUAAUUUGAAGAAUCAGCAUCCCUUUUCUGUGAUGAUGACAGUUAUAUACAUAUACAAUGCAUAUAUAUAUAUAUAUAUAUAUAUAUAUAAGGGCAUGUAUUACUGUAUCAAAAUUAAAAAAGACAAAAACAAAAUGGCUGCAGUGUGUCUAUGGCUGAUAGAGAAUAAAAGUCUACAAAUGUA